AUGUCCGACUUGACGGUGUACGCCGAAGCGUUGAUUGCGACUGUGGCUCGUGCGUUUUACGACGACGAUGCAAUUUGCUUGAUCGAUGUAUUGAUUCGCGAUAAAUUUCUGCGCGACGAUGACAUGGCCCCACGGUUGAGUCUGCCGGCGAAAAAACUGCGAGCGACGCUUCAGUUUUUGCAAGAAGAGCACUUGGUCAAGAGCGAAACGGUGGACGAUUUAGCACAAGGUGGUUCGCAGGCAACCAAAUUCUGGUACAUUGACUACAAUCACGCCGUGCAUACCAUUCGCUUUCGAUUGCAUCUCUUACGAAAACAAUUGGAAGCGGCCGAAUUGAGGGCGCGGAGUUCCAGCUUUUACCUCUGUCCGGGAUACAAGGACAAACGAUGCAAUGGACGAUACACGGAAGAAGAAGCACAGCAAGUUGUGGAUUUCACAUCGGGAUUGUUCUUGUGUCAAGAAUGUGCCAUGAGUUUCGAAAAUGAUCCAAAUGCUCCUCCCAAGACCGAUUACACGCUGCAUCUAGUUGACAAUUCACGACAUCUCAAAGAAGCAGUCGACAAUCUGAGACGAGUCACGGUACAGUUGUCUGGCAAAACCAUUGGCAAUCAUCAAAUUCGAAAUGGAAUAUACGACUUGCUACAAAAAGUAAGAGGAAAGGGAAAAAGUCCCAUUACAUCCAAUCUACCUUCGGAAAACUUUGCCCUCGGCAUUGGAUCCAAACGGUUGGCAGGAACUGGUCGAACCGCCGGAAUCAAGGCUCGGAAACUCGAGCAACAAGGGGUUGCCGAUUCGGCCAAAUCUGCCAAGAAUUAUUUGGUGGGAGCCGGUCGUCGCUCGGCCGAAGGAACCGACGAUGACUUGACGUUUCUCAAAAAUGCCAUGGGCAAUGAAAUUGCCUUUUCGGUGGAAAAGGGCGGCGGCGCCCGGGCCAAUCUACUCGCUACCAAACGACGACGACGCUUAAAGUUGCUGGAUGCCGCCGCCAGUCGGGUCGGCCCCAGUCUCCCCUUGCAUGUCGUGCAACAACGAGAAAAGGAACAAAAAGCUAGAGAGGAAGCAGAAGCUCAAGCGGCGGCCGAAAAAGCCGGCAAGAAACGGAGAAAACUCAAUGCGACGGGUGGAUUGGAUUUUUUGGAAGAUAACAUUGGACGGGCGAAUCUGGAAGAUAAGGGCAAGACUCGAUUGAUGGCGGAAGCGCUCAAAGAAGAUGAAUUAGAUGACGACAAUAUGGAAGACGAGGAAGAGAUUCGAGGUCUCGUGUUGGCGUACGAUACAGAAGACGUGCUUCAAUUGACGGAUGAAAUGCGCAAGGCAGCCUUUCAAUCGCAGUACAAGACGGAAAUGGGGCGACAAGCCAAGAUUCUGAGAUUGCAAGAGGAGGCAGGGCCGGGUGGAACCAGUCCCAACAAAACGUCGCCGACGGCCGUCGUGACGGAUGCCGAAGACAACAAUGUCGAGUGGGAGGAUGGUUAG